GAGGAGGAGGAGGAGAGCAUCGAUGACAUCAACCUUCAUCUUCAUUCUCUCCUCCGAGGCGCGUGAGUGAGAUGCUCCGGUCGGUCGGUGUUCGGGAACAUUCACACCUGUGCUGCUCGAGUCCUCAUGACACUGAAUGUUCACGCAGGAAAACUGGAUCAGACCACUGAGGAUUAUGAAAACCAGGACAUGAAGCUGAAACACAACUAGAAAUAAAGAGCAGAGAAACAGUGUGUGUGUCUGGACGUUGAGGUCGAGAGGUCAUGGCUGCUCGCGUCAGUGGUGGUUGGGUUCGAUUCGUGCUUCUCAUCCUCAUCUCUGUGCUGCACACCUCCUGCGAUGCAUUGUCGGCGCCGAGGUUCACGAAGAUUCCCACGGAUCAGAUUGGUGUGUCCGGUGGCGUUGUGUCUUUCGUGUGUCAGGCCACAGGUGACCCAAAGCCGCUGGUUUUCUGGAAUAAAAAGGGCAAGAAAGUGAAUUCACAGAGAAUUGAGACAAUAGAGUUUGAUGAAGCGGCAGGAGCGGUGCUGCGGAUCCAACCACUCAGAGCGCCGCGUGAUGAAAACCUUUACGAGUGUGUCGCCAGAAACACUGAGGGUGAAAUCGCCGUCACCUCCAAACUGUCCAUCAUCAGAGAGGACUUGCUGCCAUUUGGUUUCCCAAGCAUUGACAUGGGUCCACAGCUGAAGGUGGUGGAGAGAACUCGAACGGCGACCAUGAUGUGUGCGGCCAGUGGAAUCCCUGAUCCAGAGAUCUCCUGGUUUAAAGACUUCUUGCCCGUCGAGCCGGCGCUCAGUCAAGGGCGAAUCAAACAGCUGCGAUCAGGUGCUCUUCAGAUCGAGCGCAGUGAAGAGACGGAUCAGGGGAAGUACGAGUGUGUGGCGUCUAACUCUCAGGGCGUGCGCUACUCGUCCCCUGCAAACUUAUACGUGAGAGUUCGGCGUGUUCCUCCUCGCUUCACCAUCCUGCCCACAAGUCACGAGAUCAUGCCGGGCGGCAGCGUGAACAUCACCUGUGUGGCGGUCGGGUCGCCCAUGCCCUACGUGAAGUGGAUGCUCAAUUCUGAGGAUCUGACUCCCGAGGACGAGAUGCCCAUUGGGCGAAAUGUUCUAGAACUGAACGGCAUCCGUGAGUCGGCCAAUUACACCUGCGUGGCCAUGAGCAGCCUGGGCAUCAUUGAAGCAGUGGCACAAGUGAUCGUUAAAUCUUUACCCAGAGCUCCCGGUACCCCCAUCGUCACGGAGACGACCCCCACCAGUGUCACCAUCACCUGGGACUCCGGUAACCCUGACCCCGUGUCCUAUUACAUCAUCCAGUAUCGCGCCAAAUCGCCAGACAGCAAGUACGAGACGGUGGACUCGAUCACCACAACACGCUACAGCAUCGGCGGUCUGUAUCCCAACACAGAGUACGAGAUUCGCGUUUCCGCUGUCAACACCAUCGGACAGGGUCCACCCAGCAACAAGGUGGAAGCUCGCACCGGUGAACAGGCCCCUGCCAGCCCACCGCGAAACAUCCAGGCACGCAUCAUAUCCCAGAACGCCGUGAUGGUGCGUUGGGACGAGCCGGAGGAGCCCAACGGUUUGAUCAAAGGAUAUCGAGUUUAUUACACCAUGGAUCCUUCACAGCCAAUGAGCAACUGGCAGAUCCACAACAUCCAGGACAGUGUCAUAACCACCAUCCACAGUUUAGUGCCAUCUGAGACAUACACCAUACGCGUGCUGGCGUUCACGUCGGUGGGAGAUGGACCUUUCUCUGAUCCCGUUCAUGUCAAAGUGAGACCUGGAGUUCCUGGACAGCCAGGGAAGUUUCAGGUGGGGAAAGUGACCGACACGAGUGUUGAGUUGACCUGGGAACCUGCGUACUCCAAAGAACCAGUCAAGAGUUAUGAACUCAUCUAUAAAGCUCCAGAGCUCAGUAUUCAGGAGAAGAGGAAUUUCGAGCCGAGAAUGUCAUACGUGGUGGAGGGUCUCCGUGCCAACACUGAAUACAGUUUCUCUCUGGCCGCCGUUUCCAACAAAGGCAUUGGCGCGUUCACCAAUGAGAUCAACCAGCGCACCGCACAAGCCAAGCCCACGGCGCCUCCGCAAGAGGUCCGCUGUGUCAGUGCGAGCUCCACCGUGUUGUCGGUAAGUUGGGCUCCGCCCCCGGAGGAGCAACAAAAUGGCGAGCUGCUCGGUUACGAGUUGCAUUACGAGGUCUCCGGUGGUGACUCAGCGCAGACGUUGUGUUUGGAGUCUGACGCGGGACAGACGCUGCUGAAGGGCCUGCAGCAGUGGAGUGUGUACCGCAUCACUGUAGUGGCACUCACGGCGUGGGGCAGCGGACCCGAGAGCUCACCUGUGGAAUGCAGGACGGAUGAAGAUGUUCCAGGAGCUCCGCCCAGACAGGUGGAGGUUCAACCACUCAACGGCACCUCCAUCAAAGUGUCGUGGCGCUCUGUGUUGCCAAGGCAACGGAAUGGGCAGGUUCGAGGUUAUCAGGUGCACUAUGCUCGCAUGGAGAACAGAGAGUCACGAGGUCAGCCGCGAAUCAAAGACAUCAUGCUGGACGACACGCAGAGAGAACUGGAUGAGACGGCAGAAUAUGAGACGAUUGUUGAAGAUCUACAGCCCGAGACAUUGUACUCCAUCAGUGUCGCGGCGUACACUAUUAAAGGUGACGGAGCACGAAGUGUCGCUCAGCUGGUGCAGACACCUGUAGCAUUACCUGCUCGUCCAUCUCUGUCUGUCCGGCUGGUAAAUGACACGUCCGCUACAGUGUCCUGGAUGCCUCAACAAUCAUCAAACCCGCUGCUAGAGAUCCUGGGCUUUCGCCUGAUGUAUGGCUUUAAAAAUGACACCCCGUCCUUCUCUGUGGAGGUCAGACCUGAAGAUCAUGAAUACAGCGUGAGCGACCUCCAUCCUGGAGCGGUCUACUCAUUCCUCCUGGCCGCUAGAGGGCGCUCCGGUUAUGGUGAAGUGGGUCAAGAGGACCUCAUAGUGCCUGAGAUCCCUCCUAAUGGUUUUCCGCAGCUGUCGGAUUACGCGAACGCCACCUGCUGCUCGCUGCAGUUCACCUGGCGGCUGCCAAACCCCUCGCAACAAAACACUAUUAUAACGGGAUACAUGCUUGAGUACGGCGAAGCAGUCAGUAUUGAACCAUGGACACUGAUGUUACCGUUCGAUGUGUUCAGCUACACCAUACACGGCUUGAGCCCAGACCGUGCGUACACUGUGAGAUUGUGUGCUCGUAUCAGCACCGGGAUCGGGCCGUGUAGUCCGCAGGUGUUGUACCGCACGACGGCCUUCGACAUAGAUGUGCCAAGGAAUUUCUCAGUGAAUUUGGCGACUAAGACGAGUGUGUUGCUGACGUGGGAGUUUCCAGAGAGCAGCGCCCCCUAUCGCUUCACUGUGGAGUAUAACAGACAGAAGAUGGAGGUUGACGCUCGUUUGAGGAAGGCCGUGAUUCCAAACUUGCAGCCGGACACCAGCUACGACUUCAAGAUCACCAGUCCUGAGGGGAACAUGGGUGGCCUGAGACAUCGAAUACAUGCCAAGACAUCCCCCCCGAUCCUCAUCCGCCGGCCGGAGGUCGACCACACACGAGAGACUGAAGCCACGGUCACCAUCAUACUGCCAUCAAUGGACAUCCGCAGCAACAUCAGGAACAUCUAUGUGGUGGUGGUUCCUCUGAAGAGAGCUCGAGGGGUCAUACGACACCUGAAGAGUCCAGACGAGAUGGACCUGGAGGAGCUGUUGAAGGACAUCAGUCAGAAACAGAAAGAUCCUCGACAGCGUCAGGUGGACCUGCGGAGGGCAUACAUCACUGCCCGCUUCACGCCCGCCACACUGCCCGCCUUCUUCACCCUCGGAGACCAGCUGGACUACGGCGGCUUUGAGAACCGUGCACUGGAGCCGGGUCAGGAGUAUGUGUUCUUUAUACUGGCAGAACUCAACUCAACCACUGGGAUGUUUGUGGCCAGUCCUUACACUGACCCCGUGAUCGCGCCGGACUCUGACCCUCAGCCUCUGGAUGCGGGUGAUGGGCUCAUCUGGGUGGUUGGUCCCGUCCUCGCGGUGGUCUUUAUCAUCUGCAUCGUCAUCGCCAUUCUGCUGUACAAGAAUAAACCCCACAGUAAGCGUAAGGACUCUGAGCCGGGCACCAAGUGUUUGCUGAAUAAUGCUGAGAUGAUGGCGCAUCACCCGACCGACCCUGUCGAGAUGAGACGAAUCAACUUCCAGACGGCAGGUAUGAUGAAUCACCCCCCCAUCCCCAUCACAGAUCUGCCUGAACACACAGACAGACUGAAGGCCAACGACAACCUGCACCUGUCGCAGGAGUAUGAGUCAAUUGAUCCUGGGCAGCAGUUCACAUGGGAACAUUCAAAUCUUGAGGUGAACAAGCCAAAGAACCGUUAUGCCAAUGUGAUUGCGUACGACCACACGCGUGUCAUCCUCAUGCCGAUAGACGGCAUUAUGGGUAGUGACUACAUCAAUGCAAACUACAUCGAUGGCUACAGGAAACAGAAUGCGUAUAUCGCCGCACAGGGGCCGUUGCCCGAGACUUUCGGUGAUUUCUGGCGGAUGGUUUGGGAGCAGAGAGCCGCGUCUGUCGUCAUGAUGACUAAACUAGAGGAGAAAUCACGGAUCAAGUGUGAUCAGUACUGGCCCAGUCGUGGUACAGACACAUAUGGGACGGUUCAGGUCUCUCUGCUGGACACGAUGGAACUCGCCACAUUCUGUGUGCGAACCUUUUCACUGCAUAAGAGCGGCUCCAAUGAGAGACGAGAGGUGCGACAGUUCCAGUUCACAGCGUGGCCGGAUCACGGCGUUCCCGAAUAUCCCACUCCAUUCCUCGCCUUCCUCCGUAGAGUGAAAGCAUGCAACCCACCAGAUGCCGGACCCGUCGUCGUCCACUGCAGUGCGGGUGUGGGUCGCACCGGCUGCUUUAUCGUUAUCGACGCCAUGCUGGAGCGCAUCCGUCACGAGCACACAGUGGAUGUGUACGGUCACGUGACUCUGAUGCGUUCUCAGAGGAACUAUAUGGUCCAGACAGAAGAUCAGUACAGCUUCAUUCAUGAGGCGCUGCUGGAGGCCGUGGCGUGCGGGAACACUGAGGUAGCGGCUCGCAGUCUCUAUUCGUACAUCCAGAAACUCUCACAGGUGGAGGCGGAAGAACAUGUUACCGGAAUGGAGCUGGAGUUCAAGCGUCUGGCCAACACUAAAGCGCACACUUCGCGGUUUGUGAGCGCUAAUCUGCCCUGCAACAAGUUCAAGAACCGUCUGGUGAACAUCAUGCCAUAUGAGACAACCCGCGUGUGUCUGCAGCCAAUCAGAGGCCUCGAGGGCUCGGACUACAUAAACGCCAGCUUCAUAGAUGGAUACAGGCAGCAGAGGGCAUAUAUAGCGACACAAGGGCCGUUAGCUGAGACCACUGAAGACUUUUGGCGGAUGCUUUGGGAACACAACUCCACCAUCGUCGUCAUGUUGACCAAGCUGCGUGAAAUGGGGCGGGAGAAGUGUCAUCAGUACUGGCCCGCAGAACGCUCGGCGAGAUAUCAGUACUUUGUGGUCGAUCCGAUGGCAGAAUACAACAUGCCGCAGUACAUACUGAGAGAGUUUAAAGUCACUGAUGCCAGGGACGGACAGUCGAGAACCGUCAGACAGUUCCAGUUUACUGACUGGCCAGAACAAGGAGUUCCAAAGUCUGGAGAAGGAUUUAUUGAUUUCAUUGGUCAGGUGCACAAAACCAAGGAGCAGUUCGGUCAGGAUGGACCAAUCACAGUCCACUGCAGUGCGGGUGUGGGCAGGACGGGUGUGUUCAUCACUCUCAGUAUAGUUCUGGAGCGGAUGCGUUAUGAGGGUGCAGUCGACAUCUUCCAGACAGUGAAAAUGCUGCGCACACAGCGACCGGCGAUGGUUCAGACUGAGGAUGAGUAUCAGUUCUGUUAUCAGGCCGGUUUGGAGUAUCUGGGAAGUUUUGAUCACUAUGCAACAUAAGAAGAAGACGACAAACAUUUGGACACCUCGAUCCCCCUCAACUGUCUGCAAGCACACUACAAACACUCACUGGAGACCCAAACAAGCAACAAAACACAUUAUACUACAGGAAAUACAAUGACAUCAAGAAAUUAAAUACGACAGCGACACAGAAUGAACGUUCUCUCGGGACGUGUGAGGGGGGAGUUCUGUGUCAAACUACUGCAAACUAUUACCUCAGUGUUCAAAUAUUGAUUUUAAUGUCGUGGUCGGCUUUUUAGAGAUAUUAAACUGUGAAUGAAGCUCUUCUUCAUAACAAGAGGAUAAAAUAUUACAUGUACAAAAUCUAUUUAAAACAAAAUGACAACAAAAAAAUAAACUAUGAAAUCAAAAGCCUGGAAAAUUGCUGCACCCUAAACGGGAGUUUUUUCUUCAAACUUUAUUUGCCAACGUCGUCUGUGCCCUGCCUGAAGUCUCGUUGCCAUCUGAAUGCGGAACAGAUCUUUACCUUCUGUGCCUAACGGAGCGACCGCAGAACCGCCUUUGCUUCAGAGGAAACAUCGUGGCGUCAUGGACUGAUCAUACGAUACUGUUAGCACAUGUGAUAUAAUGUAUUCCCUGAAGAGCCGGCAGAACUCGUGUGAAUACUGUAUUUUCAUGGUGUGUCUCUACAUGAAUAUAUGCUGCUUAUACCGUGUUUUGAAAGUGAAGGAAGUUUCGAACAGCUUGAAUCUGUAUCAUAUUCUUUUGCUCUGUGGCAUCAUGUACGCUUCUGGUGAGAGGAACGUGAAAUAUUAUUCAACCAAACGUUGGCAGAAGGCUUGUCAGUUAAAUAGCCCACUAAAAUAUCAACGAUUCGGCUCAUCAACAGAUUAAAGAAUCUAUUCAGAAACACUGUGAAGUGGAAUAUUUCUAGUCAGAGAUUGUCAAGCAUCUAAAUCAUCUUCUACAAAGCUCCAAAAGAUCAUUUCUGCUCAUCUGUUUCUCUCUCAGUUGAAACAAAUGAAGUAAACUCUCUUCCCGUCCGUCAUGUUUCGUUUAGUGAAGGCAUGAUGUUUACGAGUAGCACAGCUUUUAGAUUCAGAUCUCCAUCAGAGACUUCAAGUGAGCCUUACUGUUGUUGUCAAAUAUUUAAUCCAGCUGAUUUUUUAAAUUCAUUUUGUUAAUAUUAUGCUUGAAUUUUUGAGAUCUCCUUAUUUCUAUGAUUUUUAUUGCGAUAUAAUUGGUGAGCUGUGGUGUAGUUGACUGUACAUGCGUGAGAUGUACAGUGUUGUGUUUGUAUCCCUCUCAGAUAUUUUCAUAUUUCAUGUGUGCUGAUGAUAGUUCUAGAGGAAACACACGGCACGCGGCCCUCCAGUUCUCUGCAGAAUCUGAAACAUGUUUCUCAUGAACAUUAAUGAUCAUUAUUGGUCAAAUGAAGGAGAAUUCAGUCUGUUUAGAUCAGCACAAGUUCAAAAGAGCUUUCUUUUAGACAGAUAAUACCAUUUUAUUUACUGUGGAGCACCAUUUAAAUACUGUGGGACAGUUAGUUAGUAUUCUGAUAAUUCAGUGCCAUGGUAUAUUUUAGUGAUUGACUUAGACACUGAUUUCUAGAGAGCAGAGUGUGAAUAUUAUGCAAAGAUUACAAGAAAUGAGACAAAAAUGAACAAUGCACAUUAAAGGGAUAUUCCGGGUUCAAUCGACAGCAUUGGUGUCUGUAAAAGACCUCUGUUCGGUCGGAAAGGAGGAAGCUGCGACCCAGCUGAGCAGUCAACAUAAAGUUUUAAUGAUACAAAUGAACUUCAACAUAACAUAAAAGACACACAAACAUAACUCUGUGUGUCUCUCUCUCACUAGUGUCUCCAGCUCCCCUUUAUCUCUCUCUCUCUCUCUCGCUGAUUAGGUGUCUCGGCACCGGCUGUGCACUCUCACGGCCUGGCCACACCCUCCUCCUCAUCACAGUGUCAUAAUAUUGAUUACCACAAAAAUUAAUUUCGACUCGUCUCUCCUUUUCUUUAAAUAAAGCACAAAUGUGUGUUCCAGUGAGACACUUACAAUGGAAGUCAAUGGGGUCAAUCUGUAAACAUUAAAAUACUCACUGUUUCAAAAGUAUAGACACAAGACAUAAACAAUAUGUGUGUUAACAUGAUUUUACUGUGAUAAAAUCACUUACUAACCGCAUCUGUGUGAAAGAUAUAUUCUACAGAAGCUCCGAACCGUACUGUGAAAACAUUUUUUUUAGGUGUCUUAUGCCUUCCUGAGCCUGUCCUACUUUUUCUAUUUAAACUAUUUUGUGUGUGUGUGUGUGUGUGUGUGUGUGUGUGUGAGUGUGUGAGUGUGUGAGUGUGUGUGUGUGUGUGAGUGUGGUGUGUGUGUGUGAGUGUGUGCGUGAGUCUGUGCGUGAGUCUGUGCGUGUGUGUGUGAGUGUGUGAGUGAGAGAGUGUGUGUGAGUGUGUGAGUGUGUGUGUGUGUGUGUGUGAGUGAGAGAGUGUGUGUGAGUGCGUGAGUGUGUGUGAGUGUGUGUGUGUGUGUGAGUGAGAGAGUGUGUGUGAGUGCGUGAGUCUGUGCGUGAGUGUGUGUGUGUGUGUGAGUGAGAGAGUGUGUGUGAGUGCGUGAGUGUGUGUGUGUGUGUGAGUGAGAGAGUGUGUGUGAGUGUGUGUGUGUGAAUGUGUGUGUGUGAGUGUGUGUGUUUGAGUGAGAGAGAGUGUGUGUGUGUGUGUGUGUGUGUGUGAGAGAGAGAGAGAGUGUGUGUGUGAGUGUGUGUAUGUGAGUGUGUGUGUGUGAGAGAGAGAGAGUGUGUGUGUGAGUGUGUGUAUGUGAGUGUGUGUGUGUGUUAGUGUGUGUGUGUGUGUGUGAAAGAGAGAGAGAGAGUGUGUGUGAGUGUGUGUGUGUGUGUGUUAGUGUGUGUGUGAGAGAGAGAGAGUGUGUGUGAGUGUGUGUGUGUGUGUGUGUGUGUGUGUGUGUGUGUGUGUUAGUGUGUGUGUGAGAGAGAGAGAGAGAGAGAGUGUGUGUGUGUGUGUGUGUGUGUGUGUGUGUAUACACUUUUUUUCUCUUAAAAAUGUUUUUCUCUCAAAUUGUUUUUUCUCCCUCAUGAGGCAACACAUGAGAAUAUUUUUUUUAUUAUUAUUUUUAUUGUAUUUUUUCUUGCUAGCUAACAAUUAUGCGGUACCAACCUUGCCCAGCAGGUGCCACUAUGAGUAAACAUGAAAUCCCACAGUUAAAUGAAUAUACAUCAGGUUACAUAUAUUUGAUAUGGCAUUCAUUGUCACGUGUAACAACGGGAGUGAUUUCUGACUGUUUGAUGACAUUCACCACCGGGAAUAUUGAUGCUGCUGUUGAUAUUGUGCUUUUUUCAUUUGUUGGCCCAUGUAAACAUGCGCUAUAUAGAUGUCUUUGAAGUCUUAUAGAUUCAACCUUAUCCACAGUUUUCCUGAGUAACCACUGGGUGGCGCCAUGAUGAUUCUAACUCCCUGUUUUCUAUUUCUGGUCUCGAGAUGGCAAGUAAAAACUGCCAAAAUGAGCAGUCCAGAGGAGAAAAAACAUUUAAGUGUUAUUUGGAGUAAAAAUGAAUGUCACGCUCAACUUGUGCAGUUGUUGUCUGUCAUAACAGCUCAGAAUAAUGAAUGAUAUCAACAUAACUCACCUCGGACCAUCGCUUCAUGUCAUCUACACUCUCAGCUGAAGCACUUUUUACAAAUGUAAUACCUUAAACAUUACAUUACCCGCUAAGAAUAUACGCCAAUGCGAGUGAAAACACAGUCGAAUCGUGGAACACUUCCGCGUUCAGGAAAAAGGUGGAUAGGUUAUGUAAUAUGAACUUAGAGUAUUAUACAUCUAUAACCCAACAGAUCAAGUACAACAGCUGUCAUCUUGUAUGAUUUCAUGCUUACUGAUAGUGGCACCUCGUGGCCGAGGCUGGUACUGCAUGCUAAUUGUUAGUUAGCAAGGGAUAAAAAUAGAGGGAAAAUAUAGAGAGAGAGAGAAAAAUGAGACUUUUUUUUAUUAUUUAUUAAUUUUUUUGUUGGAUAUAUGCUCAGGAAGACACUUAGACACCUAAAAAAAAUUCUGUCUGUAGAUUUUGGAACUGACACAAGAGGGCCAUUUAUGGUCUAUCACUAGUGUAUAUCAUGGUACCAGCACAGAACUUUAAUCGUCAGAACACGUUACAGAGAAGCUGAAUUUCUCCUCAUGCACUCAAAGCACAUUUAUAGAGGCAGCAGACACUCUUCAUUAAAAUACUGAUCAUUAAAAAUGUCCUUUGAAAAGAUUUAAAAGCAAACGAACAAAACAAUUCUAAAGACAAAAAGCCACAAUCAGUCAAAGCAACAAAUUAAAUGAAAAUAUUAAAAAUUGUAUGUGAACUUUGGGCCAAGUGCGUAUGUAGUGUAUAUAGUAUAUACUUUUCCCUGCUUAUUUAUUUAAACUCAUGUAUGUAGAUAUGUCGACUUUGUAUUAAAACAGAAUAACUGGA